AUGGAUGAACAGUUAUUCCCUACAAAAACAAGAUGCCGUUUUUUGCAGUAUAUGCCUAACAAGCCCGAUAAAUUCGGAAUAAAAUUUUGGCUAGCAGUAGACGUUAGGACAAAAUACUUAUUAAACGGAUUUCCAUAUUUAGGAAAAGAUAAAAUGAGACCAAGUUUAGGAGAGAACGUAGUAAAUCGUUUAGUUGAUCCUUACAAAAAUAGUGGCCGAAAUAUAACUACAGACAGUUUCUUUACAUCAGUAAAACUUGCAAAAUCCCUAAAAUCAAAAGGAUUGAGUCAUGUUGGAACAGUAAAUCGCGCAAAAAGAGAAAUUCCUUCUAGUUUCAAAAAUGUAAGAAACGAAAUUUUUUCUUCAGUUGUGAUGAAACACGACUAUAUAACACUUACAUCAUAUCAAAGUAAAAGGAACAAAAACGUAAUUUUGUUAAGUACACUCCAUUCAUCAGUUGAAUUUGAAUCUAAUGAAAAGAAGGUUACUGAUGUAAUACAGUUUUACAAUUCUACAAAAUUUGGGGUAGAUGUUUUGAAUCAAACAAGAAAGUACUCCGUGAAAGCCCCAUCACGCCGUUGGCCAGUACAUGUAUUCUACAAUAUUUUGGACUUAGCAGGCUUAAAUGUGUGA